AUGUCUCAACCUCCCAGCCAACAAGCAAAGCGACGCCGUCUCAACAACGCGGCAUCUGCACUGUCGCGUCCAUUCAAGUCACCAUUGCCCAGAUCAGCGCAACAAAAGGAGUCUGCAAAUUCAGAUGCGGCGGCAGCUAUCCAAACUGGUUUGAUCUCGCAGCAGGAAUCCCCAGCUCAUCGACACGAACCAGCUAUCCCCAACACCUCGAGCAGUCCCUCUCCAAACAUCAAAACUAGCAGCCAACCACGACACCCAACCCAUUCACUAGAAUCACCAGAAAUACCAGCCCUCCGCAGAAAACGCCUCGCCCUCCAAUCAAAACUAACAUCCCUCCGCUCUGAACUCGACACGGCCCAACAAGCUCUUCGAAUCGAAUCUAGUGCACGAGACGACGAGCUCAGAGCACUCAAACUCAAGUGGCGUGGCAUAAGCCAAAAGGCUGCUGAUGAAUUGUUUGAGACUGCCAAAGACAAGGUCGAGAGGCUGGGAGGUGUGGCGGUGUGGAUGGAGAGGGAGAGGUUGAGAGUCAAGAGGAUGCAGAUGUGGGAGGAGGAUGAUUUUUAUCACGGUAGCGGUGAUGGUGGUGAUAAUAAUGGUGAAAGGGAGGAAAGAUAUGAUGACGAUGUUGAUGAAAAUGAUGAUGGCAGUGGACUGAAGGAAGAUGGUGAAGAAGAGACAUUUACUAUGGACAUGAUGCUAAAGAGUCUGAACAUCGAGCCAGAAAUUAUUGGCUUUGAUAUGGUUGAAAGGCGAUGGAAAAGUGAUUAG